AUGAGCUCUCAAAUGGAGGCCCAAUCUGAGCGAGUCUCCUCUCUUUCCACAACUGACAACCCUCGUGGUCAACCAAAUUCCCCAGAUAGUAACGUCGUCCUCGUGCACGAGAAUGCUAUUCCCGAACCCCAUCGGUCCGAAGUCUCUUGCAUCAUUAGCAAUAGGCCGUCCUCCUUCGUCGAGCUGUUCGACCCUACCAAGGACAAAACCUUCGUGGUCGCGAUUGGAGGAUGUACAAGCUCUGGCAAGUCCAGUCUGGCACUCAUAUUGAGCGAGGUGUUCACGAAUCCUCCUGCUACCGCUGAUUCAUUUGGUCCUCUUGGUGAGAUCGAUCUGAACAUGAAGAACGCUGGUACCUUGGGUCAAGAUGGCUCUUUCAAGCUUGAACACAUUGAAGAAAUCGAGGGGGCCAAGGCUGCCGCCAGUAUUGAGAAGAAGGCCACUGUAGUCUCUCAAGACGACUUCCUGCUGGACAAGAAAAUCCAGCUAAAAUGCAGCUUCACCAAUGCGCAAAGUCUGACUGACACCCUGUUUGUGCAGAACAGCAUGAAGAAUCAUUCGGGCUUGUAUGCCGUGAACGACAGCACUCGGGCCCCAGUCCCAGGUCAUCUCUUAGACAGCGAUGUCAAAGCUGGUGAACAGGGCUCAACCUCUUCAGCAUCAACCCUCCCAUCCACCGGAAACGAAGGCGGGGGCUACCCAGUCCUCGAAGUGUCAGGCCCCAACUCUGAUGUUGACUUCAGCAUCGAUUUCGCAGGAUUAGUCAGCACUAUCCUAGAAAUCAAGGAGACCGGCAAACCCAACAAUUACUUGAAGCGCUUCUCGUCCGAGGUAGAUUUGGAAGAUUGUACGGCCCUAAUCGCAAAGCUGCGCGAGAAAGUCGCUGGCUUCGCCAAGGAGCAAGCAAUUCUCAACGCCGAGGCUCGAUUUGGCGGUUACUUCAUCAAGGGUCCUAUUGAGAAUGAAGGCAUUGGUAAUGGCAAGGCCAGUCUCCGUCCUGGCUUCGCUUUCGUCGAGGGCUUCCUACUUUUCGCCUCCCCCGAUGCUGUAGACGAGGAGGGACCAUUUGAUUUCAACGUCGAGGCCGAGAAGGUGAAGGUCUCGAGCUACACGGACCGCAUAUGUUCUUACCUACGGGACCUUAAGAAGGGGCACACUGUCGAUACCGCUGAGCAGAUUGAGGCAGCCCGUGAAGUUAUCGAAGCCCAGCUUGCUACUACCCUCCGCCGCGCCAAGCACUAUAUGCAAGGACUGUUCGAUCUCAAGUUGUUCCUGAGUGUCAGCGAGCCCACGGCCAAGAACAGACGCAUGCACCGACCAAUGUACAUUGAUGCUCCGGCUGGUGAGCGGAUACCCGGCCAGAUGUGGCGUAGUGAGGGAUACUUUGAUCAGAUUGCCUGGCCAAGCUUUGCGCAGACGCACCGCUGGUUACUGGAUAAUCGGGAGAUUCGGGGGUUCCUGGAAGAAGAUAUCUCCAUCCAACCCGUCGUCGACGCCACGACGAAGGAGACGGCGGAGUGGGCUGUCAGUACCAUACUGUCGAAGCUGGGCUGCCUGGAGCAACGCAAUCGGGACGAGGCUCGGUACGAUCAUUGCGAGGAAUAUGGCAAUGAUUGUUGA